UUGCGAGUCUCGACGCUCAAAAUCAUGCAUCGCAAAAAGGUUCUCUUAAAGGUGAUAAUUUUGGGAGAUUCUGGAGUUGGCAAAGCACUGCGUUGAUGAACCAAUAUGUAAACAAGCGUUUUUCGGCAUCCUAUAAAGCGACGAUCGGGGCAGAUUUCCUCACGAAAGAGGUGAUGAUCGAUGACAAGUUGGUGACCCUCCAGAUUUGGGACACAGCCGGCCAGGAACGAUUCCAAUCGUUAGGGGUGGCAUUCUAUCGUGGCGCCGACGCAUGCAUCCUCGUUUACGAUAUUACGCAGCCCAAGUCAUUCGAAAAUCUUGACUCGUGGCGCGAAGAGUUCCUCGUGCAGGCCUCUCCUCCAGACAUAGAGAACUUCCCAUUUGUGGUUCUCGGCAAUAAGCUCGACCGCGAGAACGAUAGGCGCGUGCCGAAAGCUAAAGCACAGACCUGGUGCAAAUCUAAAGCCUCGGCACCUCUCCGAUACUUCGAGACUUCUGCCAAAGAGGCGGUUCAGGUUGAAGCUGCUUUCCAAGAGGCGGCCCAACUAGCCCUCUCCCAGGAAAAUACCGAGGCAGAUUUCUUGCCGGAAACCAUCAAUCUUGGCGCAGCACAGGCAGGUGGCACGGCGAAGAGCAGCUGUUGUUAGCCAAAUGAAGACGUGAAGCGUGUGGAGAUUCUGUGUUAAACAAAGGCUAGUUCAAGCCAUCCGCACCUAAGCGACCUCAGCCACAUUUGAUGGUGUAGCAUGGUGCCAAGCAGUGACGCCGACCCCCUUGCACAGCAAAUUCAACUAGCCUGGCGAAGGCUGGGUCUCACGAAGGGGAACCUUUUUGCGAGAGAAGAGAGCGCCUCUAGAGUCGAUUGAGCGGCAAGGUAGAAAGCCCAAAAGUUCCAGGCGCUAGCCGCGCGGUGGGGACUGGCUGCGCUGAGCUAGCCACCCCGGUGUGUUAGCCGGGUCGAGUGGGCUCUAAAAGGGGGGUCACGG